CUGUGAGGGAAGCGGGGGAGAGGAGAGGGUGUUUCUCCCCAAUCCGUGGGACUUCUGCAGCUCCUUCUGCAUCCUUAGGGGCCAGCUGGUUCCUGCUAAUGCAAACAGAGGCACACUGGCUGAGCACCAAGCAGGAAGCCUGCACCGCCAGUGCACGUGCUGUGGAUAGGGGCCAGCACAGUUGAGCCAGCUUCUUUCAUCAGUGCUGAAAUCAGUGUUUGAGUUGGAUGUGAUUCCGCAGUUUCUGUGCUUUAAUCAUGACUUGCAGAAACUUCAGUGCUGUGAAUUUCACUAACCCUACUGAAAAGUGAGGAGAGGGAAAUCAGGUAAGUGUCCCACUCACCUGAACGAAAAGGUUAAAAUGCUCUAUUCAACAACAGCAAUUUCAGCUCAGUCUAAAUGUUUGUCAUCACCCAAAACAAAAGCACACAGGAACAAAGGAUCCUUUGCUCGUUUUUGGCUUUUUGGAGAUUCCUGUAAGAAAAGCAAACAUGGGCAAAGAAGCUGAGGAAUAAAGUGUCCAUGCAGGACAAAACUCUUGCCCUGCAUUUUUUGUUUGUCCGUUUUCUUUUUCCUUACAGCAAGAUGCAAGAGUUUUAGGGUGGAACUUAGGCAAAAUUAAACAUAGUUCUUCUGAACUGAAAGACUGGCCAGUUUGAGUGCUUCCAGUUCUUCUGGACAGGAACAAAUGUGCCAUUCCUGCCUGAAAAGGAAGAUAGAUAAGGCCAGUAUUUGCAAAAGGCAAUAUAUCUACAGUGUGCCACACUUAUCCCUGAUUUCUUCUCUAAAGAGAGUAAUCAGGAAUCUCAGACUUCUCGGAAGAGGGGUUGAUUUGAAAUAGUUGGGAAAAGCACAUUGCUCCAUCGAGGUGGUAGGGACAAGUUUAUCCCAGCUGGUUGCUUAGCAGGUAGUUUGGUUUUUCAUGGAGUUCUACAGGCAUUUUGAUAUAAGGGUUCUGCCUGUUGCGACUGCUGGCUCUGACGUGGCCUUCGAUCUGUUUUCUUCAAGGCAGGAAUGAGGCUGUGUGUAUUCAGUGAGGGGUUUAGCCAGAGGGAAGAUCUGUCCAUUUCAGUAUAUCACUCUAGCUCUUUAGUGUCUGAGCAAUAGCUCUUACUUUGGGAGUGCUUUGGGCUGGCUUUAUUGUUUAUCUAGAUCAGAGGGUAAUAGCCUCUAUGUUAGAAAAAAAAAAUGAGGUUAUGGGCUACUGCAGAGGAAGAGAAUUUGUGAGAAAUGUUUUUGAGUAGACCACAGGUGAGUAGAAAAUGCAUUUAAAUGCAUGUAUUGACAAGACCCGCGUGGGUUUAAUGAAUUCACUGGUCCUAAUGCUGUUGACAGCUAUUCCUUAGCACAUUUCUCAACUUCCCCAUCUUGCUUGAAGGGGGAAGGAGCCUCAGGAAUUCUCCAUCUCUUUCAGUCUCAUCUAGUUUCCUUUGCAGUGUUAAUUACUGCGUAGAGAAAGAGCAGUCAUGAAAGAAGAAGGAAGAAAUCAAAGUGAGAUGAAAACAGGAAAGCAGCCAAAGGCAGACCUUGUCCUCUCAGAUGAGGGUGACUUGUCUGCUGUGUUUUUGGUGUGGAAGAUGAAGCAUGGGUGCUCCUGCUUUGAAAGCAACUGUUCCUGCCAAGGAUUUCAUCUGAAACAUAGAGCCAAAGCUGUGGCAGCUGUAAUUUCCAGAGUCUGUGUCUGCAGACAGAUGAGGGUACUCCAGACUACUCCUAGAUGACAUUCAGUAAUUCCUGGGUGCUGUUCUGGGAGCCAGAAAGUCUUUGCUUUGCGAGACCAGGCUGUUUGGACUAUGGUGGACUCAGGGAAGGCAUUUGAUGAGCCUCACUCUGUUUGCAGCAGGGAGUUCCUGAAGGGAUCACCAUCUUUGGUUGGUUGGUUUUUGUGUCUUCUAGUAAAGAGUCUUGUUCCAUUUUCAUUGGGUGAGCCCUAAGCCUGCCUUUCUUGCUUUAAGCCUUUCUGCUAGACAAGAGGUACGUGUUAGAUGUGUGUUACUCACCCGUCCUCUUGUUCCUCUCGGUGGUUUGCAGGCAGGCUUGCCCAAGUGCAGUGUGUUGGCUGUGCCUGUAACAUGCAUAGCAUCGCUGCUGUGUGGCUCUACCCUGGAAUUUGUAUAGUAGUGUGUGUAAAUACAUACAGGAGAUGGGAAGGAGGAAGGCAUGCUCUAGUCAAGGAGGGAAAGUGUCUUGACCCAGUGUGUGAGCUUUUUCUGCCUGAUGUUUUUACCUUGGCAAGGUUUCUUUUCAAUUUCACAGCGGCAAGGCUCUUCCCCUACCUCGCUCCAUGCUCUGCUUGCUCCAUCUGUGUGCUUGUCUUUUGAUGUCAGUCACGCUAUCUGCUUUGUAAUGAGGAAACAACGCCUUUUCCUCUGUCGCAUCCUUCCCCUAGUCCUCUGAACACCUCAGUGCAGAAGGAUUGAAUUUAGCCACGGAACAGCAAGCAGCAAAGCAACCUCUCUGGGACUCUGCGGAGCAGCUGGCAUUUGAGAAAUGAGGCAAUGGGGAACAACAUCUUUGGGGAUGACAGCAGUCAGCUAUUACGCUCAUUUGCUCUCCAGGUUUGUGACACAAGGAUAGCCACUGCUACGUUAGACAAAUGCACUGUCAUGUCUUAGAAGCUGCAAGCUCUGUGUGGGCUUUUCCUCCAUUCAUUAGCCAGUCUUUCUUGUUGUCACAGUUCCAGUGCUUCAAAUGUGGAGGCAGAUUAGAUGGUCGUGUAGAUGGUUCUGCGUAUUGUACCUGCACCAUCCGUGGUCAGUAGUCACGCUGCUUCUGGGGGAGCUGCUGUCAGAAUGCAGGAGCUGCCUCUCAAAAGCCCAGACAUGGUUUCCUCCCCAGACUCGAGACAUCCAAGUCAAGACUUGUGGAGGCCAUGUCUUGUUUUGCUCGCUCCGUUUGACAGUGGAGCUGUCUGAGACCUUUCUGAUCAGGGGUUUUUGGGACUGCAUUUACUUUGCUGCUAGGACAUCUCAGAGUUUGUCCCGUGAUUGUCUUACCACAGGAACACAGCUUUGGAAGAAUUCUUAUCCGGUGGUAUUUUUCCCAGAUUAAAUGUCAAAUGAAACAGUUACACCAGGACUUAAUCUGGAUCUCACACGGCUUUGAUGGAGACCUUCUGCUUUCCAGCUUUUUCCCCUUUUCAGCUGAUUCCUGCUGCUAUCUGGUUUUGUGGGGAAAAAGAAGAUCAGGUCUCUGGACCAUGGAGAUGUCAGCCUGAAGGACACCGUGCUGGCUGAGCAGCUCUGCUCUUGCUGAUUUAUUCAUGUGUCUGGCUCAGCUGUCUGCACUUGCUGUUGCCACAGGAGGGAUUUGAAACCUCUCCUUUAUAGACCUCAAAGGUAACAGCAGUAAAAGCAUAUUCUGAGACACAGUACAGGCACUGAAGGAGAGUAUGAGCACGCAUGGAGUCAUGUCAGUAUCUUUUGUCAUUCCACAUUCCUCCAAUCCACAGAAGAAUUUUUCUUCAAGGAAGAGACUUUUCUGUGAACCUCAGCUUUCACACGUGCUGGUGGUUCUCCUGAAAAUGAUGGCUUGCAUUUGCACUGCCUCAGUCCUUAUGCACGGAAGGAGGCAGGAGUGCAAGAAGACAGCCGGGCAGAUUUGGUGAGAGGCAUCUGUCAUUUCAGAUAACACCCAAGCUUCCUAAAGUGGGUCAGUAACUUUGCAAGUCACGGACAUCUGGAAACUGCAGUGACGUGGAUAAAGUCCGCUCAGCCUUCCGGCUGGCUUAGGCUGGUUCAGACAAAAGGGAAAUGGUUGGCAGGAGGAGCAGCUGCUGGGCCUGAGGUUGGCCAUCCCAGUGCUCAGCAUCCUGCUGUACCUGGCUAGCUGAUGCGGCCUUAUGGAGCUGGAAGAGUUCCAGGCAAAGAAGCAGGACGCACAGCAGCAGUGUGUUUGGCAUUGUUUGUGUCAGGUGCUGGGGACUAAAAUCACUGCAGCCUGUUCUGUCUGAAGACCACACCGGAGGAAAGCCGAUACACACCAGGCAUUCUCAGUUUUUCAGUCUCCAGGAUCACAAUUUAAGUCAGAUUUCUUGUUUCAGUGCUAGGUAGCCUCUGGCUUCAGAGGCCUCAUUGAAUUCUGGGACUGUGGGAAACUUCCAACCUAAGAUUGGAGUUUACUUUCCAUGCCUCUAUUACUAAACGGAGCGGGAAGCCUGAUGGGAAACACUCCUGGAAGUAUUUGUCUGUAGGAUUCAGGUACCAGCUCCAUUAGGAAUGUACUGAUUUUUGCAAAACUUUCUUUCUUUUCCAGAAAGUGUAGACUAGUGGAUCUUGGGAAAAGCUAAUCCUCUCUGAGUUUUUGUCCAUUAACCAUGCUUGUGGCAACUGCUGUUACUCAAUUGAUUACUGCUACUGGUUGCUCCUUCACUCUUAUUAAAUGGCAUUUUCUGAUUGCAGUCUGCUAGAUGGUUUCUUGGCUUUAGUUUUGCUCAUGUAAUAACUCUUGCUUUCCUGCCAGCUCCAAAUUCACUGCCUGGGGCAAUGCUUUUUGGCUGUUCGAAAAUGGAUAUGAAAAGGUGUCCAUUUAAUUACACAGUAUCUCAGUGUAAAUUGCCUGUAUGCAUAGCGUGGGAGUCUGUUCCCUGCUGCAAAUUAGCUUUCCUGUUCUGUCCAUUUUUACUGGGGAGAGGUGGGAUCCACAUUCCUCACUGAAGCCAGUGCUGGUUUUUCACCCUUAUUUGUGCUUACCCCCAUAUCCAUUGGCACAGAAGUUCUAUAGGAAACCUGAAUGUUGAUUUUGGAGGAGAGUAUUGUGAGCAGUGGAAUUAAUAAAGCUUUGUGUCCUAUACUGCUGGCCCUACCCGUUGAAUUCCUCGGGGUCUGUUAGGGUUUAUGUGGAUGUUUGUAGCGGUGUGAAAUUCCUCUGUGGACUCCCAAAUACCUAAAAGAAAUUGGAGUUAAUUUUGCAGCCUUCUCCUUCCAGACUCCUUGGUAAUAGGAAAUUAUUUUUCUCUCCAUCCACCUGUUUCCAUUAUAUUAACACCCCUGAAACUGUUUCUCUUCUGUCAGACUUAGUAGAAAUUAUGCUGGGUUACACAGCAGAUGUAAGCACGGGAUACAUUUUCUCGUUUCUGCAGCAAGCCAGGUUCAAAAGGCUUUAUUUAUAUAGUGUCCCUUUUAACCUUACUGGUGUUCUGGGGUGGGUAGGAUAAAAAGCCAUCCACACCCAGAAGCGAGGCAUGGCACAGAUCUGUCUGCUGCUGCCCGUUGCUGAGUGGGGCCUCAUGUGCUGAACGUAAGCCCGGUUUUCAGUAAUUGCUGUUCCCAGAACUCAGCAGGCUGGAGGCGGGUGGAAGGAAGAUAAACAUCAGAGUUCAACAUCCAGACAAACACAGCAGAGCGCACACAAUAAAUACAUCCACCCCGAAAUGCAAAAACAUCAGAGGAGGUUCCUGCCCCAGGGCUCCGAGCAGGGCAGGCUCAGGCAGGAGAGCAGCAGGAUGAGCAGGCUGCUUCUCUUGCUAGCUGUGCUUUGCGGUGGAGUAAGCAGCAGCAUUGUGCUGCAGAAAAUGUACGGGAGGAUCACUUCUCCUGACUUCCCAAAUCCCUACCCGAAUCACAAGGAGAGGACAUGGAACAUUACUGUCCCCAAAGGAUAUGCCAUCCGCAUCUACUUCACCCACUUCAAUCUGGAGCUGUCCUACCAGUGUGAAUACGAUUACGUGAAGCUGAGCUCCAGUGGGAAGACCUUGGCUACGCUGUGCGGACAGGAUAGUACUGACACCGAGGAGGCUCCGGGCAACAAGACGUACAUCUCCAUUGACAACACCCUCACGGUCGUAUUUCGAUCUGACUACUCCAAUGAGAAGCCAUUCACAGGCUUUGAGGCCUUCUAUGCUGCUGAAGAUAUCGAUGAGUGCAAACAGCUGUUUGAUGGUGAACCCCUCUGCAAUCAUCACUGUCACAACUAUGUGGGGGGCUACUAUUGCAGCUGUCGGAUUGGAUACAUACUGCAUGAAAACAAGAGGACGUGCACAGCCCGGUGUCAGAACCAGGUUUUUACUCAAAGAACUGGAGAAAUUGCCAGCCCUGACUAUCCAACACCUUAUCCCCCACUCAGCACCUGCAGCUACAAUAUCCAGGUAGAAGAUGGCUUCCUGAUCACGUUGGAAUUCGUGGAGACCUUUAAUGUGGAGGCACACCCAGAGGUGCUGUGCCCCUACGAUGUACUGAAGAUUAAAACACCCAAACAGGAAUUUGGCCCAUUCUGUGGGAAGACUUUGCCUGCAAAAAUUGAGACACAGACUAAUGCUGUCACUAUUACUUUCAUCACUGAUGUGUCAGGAGCACACAAUGGGUGGAAGGUGAAAUACACAGCAGCAGGUUUGCCAUGCCCCAGUCCUGAAGCACCACCCUAUGGCCGCAUCGCACCAGUGCAGGCACAGUACACGAUGGGCGACCACUAUGCUCUUUCUUGUGACAUCGGAUAUGUGCUGCUUGAAAAUGAAAAUGUUGUGAUGUCUUUUGUAGCGGAAUGUCAGAAGAAUGCUUCUUGGAACAAACCCAUGGCAAAGUGCAUCAUUGUUGACUGCGGGCAGCCCGAGGACAUAGACAGCGGUGCCGUCACGUACCUUACGGGACCUGAGGAGACGACCUACAAUGCUGCAAUUCAGUACCAGUGUGAAGCCCCCUUCUACACCAUGAGGGCUGGCAGCAGCGGUAAAUAUAUCUGCAGUGCUGAUGGAUUCUGGAAGAACACCGAGGGAGAAGCAUCACUGCCCGUCUGUGAGCCAGUUUGUGGGAUGCAGAGAAGCGGAGCUGUAGAACGUAUUUAUGGAGGAAGGAGAGCCAACCCUGGACAAUUUCCAUGCUUUGUGGAUUCUUGUAGGACAGCGGCAUUACCAGCGAGCAUUUGAACGCACACGUCCCGAGAAAGCAGGCAGAGCAGCAUCAAGGUACCUUGAACCACUCGGAGUGUGUGGGUAGCUGAAGAGCCCCAGUAGCAACUGCAGCCCCUCAUACGUGGGGAGCGUGUGACAGAGCUCAGGCUCCCCAGGUAAGAGCUGUGCUGAGGUACAGGCACAGCUGCACAACCCUUCCCUUAAAGGCCUUCCUGCUGUCAGCUGCAGAACCCACUUCCCUGAGUACAGCUUUACAACAGAACGAGCUUUCACAUUAGAAUAUAUAAAAUAUAUAACUUCAGUACAGUCGAGAGCUAAUUGGAAGUAGUGUUACGUGUUUUCUACAGUAACUGGUUUUUACCAAGCAUGCCCAAAUGGCAGAUCCUCUUACAAUUACGUAGAGCUCCUGUUUCUUUUAUCUCA